AUGUCUCUCGAACCGGUGAUGCCGCCGUACAACUCGUCGGACCCGACCGCCACGUUCCUCUCCACGUCGUGCCUCGACUUUCUCCUCAUUGAGCUCGUGCCGCUGGCGUUUCGCGUCACGCACGAGCGCGACUUUGCGCGUCCGCCGUCACCACCACCGACAUUGUCGUCGUCGUCGUCGCAUGACGCCUCCUCCUCCUCUACGACUACCGCCGCCGCCGCCGCAGCAGCAGCAGCAGCAGCAGCAGCAGCAGCCACGACUGCAAAAGUGGGUGCUGCAGGUGCAGACAGUGCUGGUGCGGCGGCGGGAAGGGGAGAGUCGGCACUGGCGAACAACAGCAAUAACGUCACCGCCGCGGGGAACCACCGUGCUGGCUCGUCGUCCCUCUCCGGGCCGGCGGCGGCGACGGCGACUGCCGCCGCGCCCCGCAGGAUAGACGAAGAGGAGGAGCUCGAUGCAGUGCACUUCCGGCUCGAGAGCCUGGGGUACCGGGUCGGACAGGGCCUCGUGGAGCGCUUCUCGCGCGACCGGCCGCGGUUCAACGACACGCUCGAUGUCAUCAAGUUCCUCUGCAAGGACCUGUGGUCUCUCGUGUUCGGCAAGAACAUCGAUAACCUCAAAACAAACCACAGGGGUGUGUACGUCCUCACGGACAAUGUCUUCAGGCCCUUCUCGAGGAUGAGCACAGAGGCGGGUGGCCAGGCCGUCGUGCGGGCACAGCCGUUCCUGUGGUUUCCCUGUGGCAUCGUACGGGGUGCACUGGCGGCGCUGGGCAUCACGGCCACCGUUCAAGCAGAGAUCAACGAGCUCCCGGGUGCUGUGUUUCAGAUCAAGACCCUACCCAACAAGUCAUGA